CGUCGCGCCAGUUCGCGCUCACAACCAAGAGCGAUGUCAAAAAGGCGGGAAGCCGCCGAGGGGUCGAGUCAGGUCGAGCAUGUCGCGCGAACGUGCCAUCGCGCUACGUUGUGUCGUCGAGAGGCGAGCGACAUAAAUUUCUUGCUCGUGGUCGCGGCGCGAAGGUAGCCAUUUCACGGGAAAUUUAAUCGCGUCGUCGUUAACGAAGACCUAGAGCGUAGACGCCGUGCACGCUUUACGGUACCUUCGUCGUUGACGCACGUUGCCGUUUCAUUCCUACCAGCCGUUGGGUUUUUCAUCGUUGGCACAUUCCCGUUGCUUACCGAGAACUUUCGAGAGGAAUCGGAGAUAGAGGAAAACGAUGAUACCGCGUCUCUAACGGACUAGAGUCUACAGGUCAGGCAAAAGAAGAAGAAAAGACUCCGUUUCGAAGUAUGAAAGACAUAAAGCAAUACUUCGCCAACGGUAGAAAUAUCGUCGACAAGGAGGUGACUGACGAUUCCAGCAACGUGAAUCAAGAGGAGCGGCAAAAGGAAGAGAUUGGCGCGAUGGGCAAACGUAAACGUGUCAAGAUCCGGAUAUCGCGCAAUGGCUCCGCGAGCAAGAUGUGCGAUAUAAUUGAGAGCAGUAGCGACCUGAUUGACAAGACGCCCAGUCCGUUCAACGGUCAGAUAAACAAUGGUCACAGAACUCUGCAGGAUGGAACACCAAAAUCAGAUUCGGCCGAGUCGCUUGUAAAACGGCGUCUCGAGAAGCAUUCACGGCUCACUGUGAAAAAGGAUGAGAAUCGGUCUGAAGAAGCGGCGAAUGUCUCGUGGGAAAAAGGUUUGAAUGAAGAGAGCGUUGUGGAUAUAGACAGCUGUUGCCACAACGGUGUUGAUUCCAGCGACGAGACUGAGUCGAAUGUAGAGCUUCAUAAAGAAAUCGGCUUCCAACGGGAAGAAUCAAAUGCCUUUCAGGUUCUGAUGAGUCGAAGUAAACCAAUACAGUACAAAUCACCACCGCAGCAAUCCGUAGAAGACAGGGAGAGUAAAGAGAAGUCAGAUUACGCAAAAGAGGUGAGAGCAAAAUGCAAAGAGAAGCUGAUAGCUUUAGCUGAUAAGAAGGGAUAUUCGAAACGAAAAAUUGCGGAAAUGGAAGAGGGCGAGAGAAUAGAAAAGAAUAUUGAAAAUCGCAUGAGGUUCUUCAACGGCGAGGGUAAAAACGAUGCAGUACACAAAAAGGACAAUAGCUCUGAAGUAUCGGUAAAAAGUACCAAACAGUCUGGAAACUUGUUCAAUUAUUUUAGCAAAUCACCCUCGGGAUUAACGAAUAGGGAUGAAAAAUGUAUAUCCACCUUUAUCGUAAAAGCGGACGUACAUAGGACUGAUAACUCUGACGUUGAACCCAUAAUGAAGCCCAUUUCGAACAAGAAGCAUUUUCUCAAGAAAUGUUCAAAGUCAGAGUUGGAUCUUUCUACAGUGGACGAUAUUCACAUAAUAGCGUCUGAGAAUUUGUCUUCUCCGCAGACCGUCAAGCAAGAUAAGCAAAAGCGGGAAAAACCCCGAUGGUCUUUACGAAUAAAAUUACACUCCUCUGAAGAUAAUGAUUCUCUAGAUGUUUCCGACGAGGAAAUCUUUUCACCGAGGAGCAAGUCCAAGUUAAAUACUUCAAGUAAGUCUGGAAAUACGGAAAAUAAUGAAGCCUGUGUGAAGGAUUACGAUCGAUGUCUUAAGAGAAUGCGAAACGUGGGGAAAAAAGAAUCAAUUGUGAAGAACGGCAUUCCAAACAUUGCCAAAGAUCCCUCCACAAACACUUCUAAUGAAAGUACUGACUUGAAAAAGUUAAAUAAAACUAAGAAGGAAGAGCAAAAGAUUAAUGACACGAGUGAGACGAUUAUUGCAGUAACUGAUGAUUCCAAUGAGUGCGAGAUUAUCAGCCAGAACAUUCUUCUAAAGAGGAAACCGAAUGAAAAGCUGGCGCCAUUAUUCAUUAAACGUCGUAAAACUGAUCCCGCUGUCACGACAGCUAGACGUUUGUUCCUGCAGUCAGAUAUAGUCGACGUAGAGAACAAAAAUAUGAACCAUAAAGCGAACAAUAGCACAUCUACGUUAGCAUUUCCCUCCAUCAGUCACGUUACACAGUUAGAAAAUGAGUCGGACUCGACCAGAUCCGAAAUCAAGCAUAAAUUUUCCAUGAGAAUCGAGAAGAAAUACUUGCCUUCGAUAGAUAUUAAUAAUUAUAAGUGUAUUACUAAUUGUAGGGAAGCAUCAAAAGCGACUAAAACGAUUAACGAGCCCGCAAAGGAAGACGUUGAACGGGUGCUAUCAGAAAUCGAAGAGCUUUAUCCGGAUGUGCGGAAAAUGUGGAAGACUAUAUCGACAAUUAAAGGUGAUUCGGAAAAGAAACCGUCACCUCGGACGAGAAAUAGAAAGACGAGAGUGCUUGAGCGGAAGAAAGCGUUAAUGAAGAACGUCAGGGACGAGGAAGAUCAAUCGUAUGAUUGCGCUUGGACAUAUAAAUACAAGCCGAUGAGUGCGCAAGGGAUAGUUGGGAAUGAAGAGGCUGCGAGUAAGCUAAAGGAUUGGUUGAGCGGCUGGGGAGCGACCCUAACGAAGGAGAAUGACGGGAGUAGCGGUGACGAGUUUUAUUCCUCGGAUUGCAGUUCUUCGUGCAACAACGAAAACAAUCAGAUUGCUGUGUUACUAGGGCCGCACGGUAGCGGAAAGAGCGCGAGCGUGUACGCGACAGCGGAGGAACUUGGUUACAGCGUGAUCGAGGUGAACGCAUCUUCCAGACGGACUGGAAAGAGAAUCUUGAAGGAAUUGGAGGAAGCUACGAAGUCGCACAGAAUAAAAAAGAGUAAACACAAAUCUCCGUUUGAGCGAGUCACGAAUGAGAGCGAAGCUCCUAAAAUAUCGCAAAAUUCGCUAAUUCUUCUGGAAGAUAUCGAUCUUAUCUUCGAGGAAGACGAAGGAUUCGUUUCUGCCGCGUAUCAAUUAGCAUCGAACACCAAACGACCAAUUGUUAUGACAUGUAGAGACACAUGUCCCCAUUUGAACAAAAUGGCACCGCAACAGAACAAAGUUUACUUUCAUAAAGUGAGUGGUAACAGGGUGUCUACCCUGCUGGAAUUGAUUUCGCUGGCAGAAACGGGUUACAGAAUUCCGCACAAUUGCUUAACGAAAUUGCUGCAAGCAGGCGAUCUAAGGCAGGCACUAUUGCAGUUGCAAUAUCUACUACUAUCAGGUCCACCAGUCUUAUCGGAAGAAUCUACAGUCGCGAAGCCAUCGCUCUGGCAAGACAUGCAACGUUAUUUAUACAAGCCUGCGAUUAAGCUAAACAAGAAGUACACGACGAAGAAAAGUACAAAUACUAAAAAUCCCAAUAUAUUGAGCAACUUAGCGGAGGAUUUGGACAAUUUAUCUCUAGUGUCGUCUUUGAUCGAUGUCGAAGACACGACGUUGGACAUGUUAGAGGAGAACGCGCAACCUAGUUUAUCCUUAACCGAAAACGUGUCUUUCUAUUCCGCUUUGCUCGAUGUGAACGCGGACAUAGCACAUUUUAUUAACAGCCAAAUAUUGUAUAAAGACUUUGAGCCAAACGAGCACGUACAAAAUCAAAGCAGAAUUCUUCUGCGGAAGCAACUGAAUCGAGGAGUGGAUCUAGCGCUGUCGCACGUUACAUCCAUGUGUUUAGAUCGACGAAUUAUGGCAUUGGAUUAUCUUCCAACCGCACGAACGAUAUGUCGCGCAGAGGAAUCUCGCUCGACCGCAAAUUACAAACGUGGCAAUCGAUUUUUCCAUUAUCUGCACAGUUUAAAAGUGCCGACCGUGUCGAUGAAGCCGAAUAUCUUGGCUGCCGCGUGUGGAAUGUUACGUGAGAAAGAGAAUAAAAUCGCAUCUACGUGUGCAGCCAGUGUCACUAGCGACUGAUACUUAAGGCAGACAUGUAUUUUAUACGAGGAUGGUGACAAUUUUAUCGAAUUUUGACAUUGCCAUAAAUUAUAGUGAAGUUAUUUCGGGUUUUUAUAUUUAUGUCUAAUUGUAGUAUGUAUAUAUAAUGACUUAAUGCAUUGUUGCUUGUUGUAUAAAAUACAUGUAAUAUCUAAA